AUGCGGAUUGUCAUCUCCGAGACAGCAGACCAGGUAGCGGACUACGCGUCUAAGUACGUGAUCGCAUCGAUCAACGACUUCAAGCCGACGGAAGACCGACCGUUCGUGCUUGGGCUGCCGACAGGCGAGACACCAAUGCGCACGUACCAGAAGCUGAUCGUUGCGUACCGCGAGGGCCGCGUGACAUUCAAGAACGUUGUUACGUUCAACAUGGACGAGUAUGUCGGGCUGCCGGCGGACCACCCGGAGAGCUACCACUACUUUAUGAAGCACAACUUCUUUAACUAUGUAGACAUCCCGGAGAAGAACCGACACAUCCUGAACGGGAACGCGCCGGACCUGAUCGAGGAGUGCCGUCAGUACGAGGAGAAGAUCAAGGCCGCUGGCGGUAUCCACCUGUUCCUCGCAGGGAUCGGGACGGACGGUCACCUUGCGUUUAACGAGCCCGGAAGCAGUCUGUACAGCCACACGCGUGUGAAGAGUCUGAACGCGGAGACAAUGAAGAGCAACGCGCGGUUCUUCGGCAACGACGUGUCGCGCGUGCCGACGAUGGCACUGACGGUGGGGCUGCGCACGAUCAUGGAUGCAAAGGUUGUGCUGAUGAUGGCGACUGGUGCCAGCAAAGCUCUCGCGGUUGCGCGGUGCGUGGAGGGCGGGAUCACGCACAUGUGCACUGCGACAAUGUUGCAGAUGCACCCCGCCGCGGUGCUAUGCCUUGACGAGGACGCGACACUGGAGCUGAAGGUGCGGACGACGCGCUACUUCAAGUCGCUGCUGAGAACGGAGAAAGCACUGGAGGAGCGCCAGAAGAACAUAAAGCGCGCUGAUUCGAAACUGUAG